AUGGCGAGCUCGCAGUCCCUGUUGGAACCCGGCGUCGAGCUGGAGCCGGUGGAGUGCUUCAUCACCGAGGCAAUUCGCAACGAUUUGGCGCGUGCGCCGGGCUCGCGCGUCGCGACGCGCUUUCCGCCGGAGCCGAACGGGCACCUGCAUCUCGGGCACGCGAAAAGCAUCGUGUUGAACUUCGGGCUCGCGCACCAGUUCGGCGGCACGUGCUGCCUGCGCUUCGACGACACCAACCCCGCGAAGGAGACGCAGGCGUUCGUCGACGGCGCUGUGGCGGACGUGCGCUGGCUCGGCUUUCGGCCGACCGCCGUGACGCACGCGAGCGCGUACAUGGCGCAACUCUACGCGCUGGCGCUGGAACUGAUCCGCGCCGGACUCGCCUUCGUCGACGACGAGUCGGAGGAGACGAUUCGCCAGAAACGCGGCGGGCUGCACCGGCCCGGCGAAGCCUCCGCGUUCCGCGAGCGCGACGUUGCGACGAACCUGCGACUUUUCGAAGACAUGCGCGCCGGCCGCUGCCGCGAUGGCGAGCGCGUGCUACGCGCGAAGAUCGACAUGCAGAGCAGCAACAUGCUGCUACGCGACCCCGUGCUGUACCGCGUGCGGCACGUGAGACACCACCGCCUCGACGACGCCUGGUGCGUCUUCCCGACCUACGACUUCGCGCACGGCCAGUGCGACUCGUUCGAGCGCAUCUCGCACUCGCUCUGCACGCUCGAGUUCGCCGAGCACCGGCCGCUCUACGAGUGGUUGCAGCAGAAGCUCGCGCUGCCGCGCUCGCAACAGAUCGAGUUCGCGCGGCUCAACCUCGCGUUCACCUGCCUGAGCAAGCGCGUGCUGGCGCAGCUCGUGCAGGAGUCCGUCGUCGCGGGCUGGGACGACCCGCGCAUGCCGACGCUGUGCGGGCUGCGCCGACGCGGCGUGCCCGCCGCGGCGCUCCGCGCCUUUCUGCUGCAGCAGGGCGUCACGCGUCGCGACACGCUCACCAAACAGCAAGUCUUUCUGAAGGCCGUGCUCGAGCACCUGAAGGACGCGCCGCAUGCGUUCGCGAUUCUCGAACCGCUGCAAAUGCGGCUGCUGAACUUCGACCAGCACUUCCGCGGGCAAGAGCACGUCGAGGUCACCUACCGCUCCGCGAGCGAGAGCUGCGCGCGCAAACAGCGCAUCUACGCCGACCUGAUCAUCGACCGGCAGGACUUCCAAGAAGCGCCCGACGAAGCGUGGCGGCGGCUCGCGCCCGGCCGCGUCGUGCGGCUGAAAGGC